AUGUCUGCACGGGCAUUGGAAGCUUCCGGGGCCGGAGGGGCCACAGAGCGAGGCACAAAAAGCAUAUCAAAAGACAGCUCCCGCGUCGUUUCUGCACAGCUGCGAAGCUUCACGCAGCAGCUACCUCUAGUUGCUGGGCUCGCUCCGCUUUCCGCCAGCCGCAUCUCCGCGCCCCUCAUUCACCCUCACCCUCACCCUUCCCAUUUUCUCGACAAGAUCCGGAUCGCCACCUCCCAAGGACUCCUUCGGACAGUCCAAACAAUCCUGCUGGCCCUCGGCUUCGCGACUCAUCCCCUGCCCACCAUCCUCCCUGACACGCACAGCCUGGCCUUGUUUGUGCGUGCCGCGCUGUUCGCAGAGACCGCACAGUGCGCUCAAGGCCCAUUGCCCGCCUCCACACAGCCCCACGAAGCGCUUCGGGCCCGACCCUGGGGGAACCAAGAUCGGCUUCCUGGGCGAACAGGUGUUAAUAACAAUGAGAGCAACCCCGGCCCGAGGACCACUGUACGGUACGAUUCCAUUACAUCGCCUCGAGGCCUUGUCCCUCCUCCACCGCCUCCACAGUCCACCCAACCCGCGUCGUUGUCCAAUCUUCGCCGGCUGUCACUUGCCUCUCACGUCGGUCGAGCGCGCUUCCACCUCAUACGCCCGCGGCCGGCAUACCGAGAAAGUGGGAAGAACGGAGGCGAAAACUCUAAAAGCAGCAGCGAGCCUUGUGGCCUGUCUCACUGCAUCACCAGUACCAGUGACAGCGCAUUGGGUUUCUCUCGGAACACUCCGACUGCGCCAGCAACAGCCCUCUCGGCCACUCCCUUUUAUUUCAAUUUUUUCCAAGUUGCCCGUGCGGCAAUACAGUGCUGCACUGCAGGUACCUACCUACCUACUCGUGCCGGGGCCAUCCAUCAUCACGACCAGCUCCCGAUCCCCAUUUGCGCUUACCUACCUUAG